AUGUCGACCGCAGUUGCGCCCGCGGCGGCGCCCUUGUCGUCGCCACAUGUCACCCGCGAUCCCAGUCCGAAAAGCUGUCCGACCUUACCUCCACAUCCGCCGGCGAACGCGGCGAAUUCCUCUCCGUCACGCAUGUCCACAACCUCACAGGAUGGGCCGGCGCGCAGACGCACUCCAGAGAACAAAGACCCGACAUCUCCGUCGGGAAGUGCAGGUCCGACGAUCACCGUGAAAAAAGAGCCGCCCUCGUCACCGCGCAUGCAAAGCCGCCCACGACCACGCAAGCUGGAUCUCUCGACCAGUCUCCCAUCCUCCAGCAACCUGUCGGUCCGGGCCCCCAACGGGCCCAUGACUGCCCGCGACGGCAUCAGUAUGCAAGAUGUUGGACUGGCAUGUCUUUCUCCGGGUUUUCAAACCCACGAUCCCAUUAUGCGAGAGCAGCUCCAACGUAGUCUAUCCGUGCGAGAUCAACAGCGGUCAAUAAUCGAGGCACGUCUGCAGAAGUCAGCCAAGGAUGAUGGUCCCGAAGGCGUGAAGCCAUCCGAACUCGGUUUCAUGCCAGGCCCCAAGGGCUCCAAGCGACGGCCGCCGCCUGGUCUAUCGAUUGUUCCUCCAUCGGCCUCACAAUUCGCGAAUGAACGAGUGAUCCAAUCCGCUCCGCUGAAUCAGACCUUUACGGGCCGGUAUCAGCCUCAGCCGCUGACUCGCCAUGUUGUCAACCAAAGCCCGACACUGGGCUCGACUUCCCACAUGCACCAGGUGCCUGCCACUCAAACCAAUAACCGCCUUCCUCCGCUCUCCGACGUAUUUGGAACCGACGCCCUGGGUCGGGAUCGAGACUCCAACCGCCAGGGCCUUUACCCGAAUGCCUCGAGCACCAACUCCUCUCAGUCUAAUCUGGCGCCGAUGCCUUCCCCCGGGUUCCCUGGUAACCCAUCCCAAACUCCUCGCCGAUCACGCGAGUAUCGCUCGGCAGAGGAAGCCGUGCAAGAAUUGUCCGGUGGACGGGAAGAACUACUACCUCGCAUUGUACACUAUGGCGGCCACCAACCGCCCACUCCUCCAUCUCCACAAGCCUUCCACGCUGCCCCGAAGACAGCACCUUUGAUCAGUGAGAGCAUGGCCCAAAAUGCGCCUCCGGCACCGACGUUGCAUUCUGUCGAUACCACUGCGCGCCGUCGCCCCCGCAGUGAAUACGAAAAUGAUAACGGAAGUCCACCUCUUGGACACGGCCCCGACCCUCACUACCGGCCUAAUCCUGCUGCCAAUCCUAUUCCAAACCCUGCAUCAUAUGGCCCCUUCGGCGCCGGAAGAGACUCUCCGGAAACUCAGAGGAAAAAGAAGGAGGAAUUCCUUGGCUUGUGUGCGCGGGCGUGGGAUCUCUUCCAUUCUUGA